AUGGCGUUGGAUCAAGAAUACGAGUCCUUAAAAUUAUUAGGUGUGGCCUUGAAAUUAUUAGGUGAGAUUGAGACUGAGCUCGAUCUCCUGAAAGCUCGUCUUGUCCGGAUGACGAAACAAGCCUUGGAAAUAUGUCAGCAGUUGGAAUUCGAAUUUGAAAAGCGGAAGCAGAGGAAUUCUGAUAUGGAAAUGAAGGAACCGGCUGAUCAUGAACUGAGAGACAAAAUUAAGUCAGGGUUGGAAAGCCAACCGGAGAAACCCGAAAGCAAAAAUAGAAUCAACAAUGAAUCAAAUUUAGGGCGGAGUGAAGGAUUCGAGAAGAUGCCUGAGGAUCUGGAAAUGCUUUGA